AUGAUGUCACAAGAGCGGCAGGGCUCGCGGGUCCGGCCGGGGGCGGCUCUCGCUCCGACCGGCGCCGCGGCGCACAGAUAUGGAUUUAAGAUUAACGAGGGCACGCAGCGCGGCGCGGGGCGACGCGGGGUGGCGGGCGGCGUGUUUACGUGCGGGUGCAGGGCGUGCAGGCGGCGCGGAUCGAUGCUGGGCGGGGCGCGCGGGGCGAGCGGGCGCGGGCCGCGGGGCGGGGCGAGCGCCGGCCGCCAGUCCGCCUCGGGGCCGCUGUCUCCGCGGGCGCCCGGCGGCGGCGGCGAGCCUCGCGCCGCCCGCCUCGAUGCCGCGCGCGGCCGCAGCGCGCCCCCGCCCCGCGCCUUCCUCGCGCCGCCCAGGCGCCGCGCGCGCAGCGCCGCGCCCGCGCUGUCGCCCUCGUCUGCGCCCCCGCCCCCGCGUCUGCGACCCGUGUUCCUGUGGGCGCGCCAGCUCGACGGCACCGUGCAGGAGGUCCGCUGCGAGGACUACGACCCGCGCAACCGCAUCCGAAUAGCGCGAACCCCAUCCGGCUGGCGCGUGAUCCCGCGCACCGAGAUCUACAACUCGAUCCGCGUACCCCCACCCCCAGCGCCGCCGCCUCGUCAGCGCGGCCCACGGGAACGUCGCCGGCGCAGACGCUGCAACCGCUCGCGUCGUCGUACCCGGUCUGUCGCCUCACCCGCCGUCCGUGCGCCCGAGGACCCUGCGUCCCUUGCGCGUCCUCAACCAGCUGUGUGGUUGCAACCCGACCUGGAGUCCCAUAUUCCAUCGCACACCAUCGCGGUGCCGCGGGCGCCUCCUCCACCAUCGGAGCCGACACCGCUUGACAAUCUGCUUGCGGUGGCCGAGCUCGAAUUUAAUCAGCAACGCAGUGAGAGACUUUUGGAUUUAGAAAGUCCGGCUCCUUAUACAUUUCUACCAGCCGAAGAGGUUGCACGCGACGUAAUGUCUUUCGAGCUCGGAGAGCCAAAGCAAGCGGAAGAGUCCAUGUACUUUGAAAGGAAAGCGCCCCCUGAUCGUACGGAGGAGUAUCCGAAUGAAUUGGUUGCGCACAAAGAUCUGUUUGAGACUAUAAGUGAAGCUCAUUAUCUACCGGAGCUUGGAGGUCCACACGAUGAGACAUUGCUAGAAUCAUUAGUUGAAAAAGGCUGCGAAGAUAACCAAAUACUCGGCCAAGCGCUUGAUAAACUUGCGCAUUUAGUACACGGAUCUAGCGAAUAUACAGAAGAGGAAGAGCACAUGCUUUUGAGUAAUGAACCAGUUUCUGAUAUUAUAAACCGAUUGGAACAAACGCUUGAAUCACCAGGCCAUAGCAGUAUCACAGCAGCGCAAGGGCUGCUUCAUCUGCAUCAUAUAGGAGACCAUCUUGCCCAAGCAGAUCACAGACAAACUGUAGAGCCUGACUACAUGACAGAAGAAGUGUUUGCCCCUGAUAAUACGGAGAGUGCAAUGGAAACUUUAGCAGCAGCUUCUGAAAUGCAGGAAGUUAAUGAAAUUAACCAUAUAGAUUACGAUGAUAAUAGCGAAAAGAGACUAGAAAGUGAAGUCGAAGCAAAUGACACAGUGUACACAGAACAUAUGCCCGGUUCACAUGAAACAUUUUCGGAUGAGAAAACGUACGACGAGACUCAAAUGCAUUCGUUGCCCGAUCAGAGUGAAAUUAAUAUGACCAGUGAAACGCCAAAUGAAGAUCCAUCUAUGGAUUGCAUUCAACAUUUGGAACAUGUACACGCUCAAGAGGAUGAACCCACAGAGAGAUGUCAAGAAGAAGAUGUCAAACAGGAGAUGCCAGCACUACCUGAACACGAUGAUGUUGAUUUUAUAAAAGAAGACAAUGAUGAAUCGAUGGUGAAUGAAGAAAUGGUACCUACAGAUUUAAGCAUAAAAAAUAUGAAUAAAGCUACAACCCCUCAUAUACACGCCAGUGAUAUGGAAACGUCAAACCUUGAAGAUAAUCUAUCGGUUAAAAGCGACGAGCAGCCUAAAGAUCUAACUGUACAUAGACGGCUGCCUACUCCGCAUGCGUCGCCUCGAAGGACAGACAUACCUCGAGCGCCGUCAAGGGAGUCAGAUGCAAUGCAAUCGCCACAACCUAGCGGAAUACCAGCAGUGCCAUCAUCACCUGAAAUAUUUACAAUGCCAAUGACAAAAAGUAAACAAACUUUGUUUUUGGAAACUCUUCUAUCAUCACCAUCUCCUAAAAUGUAUACGUCGGAAGUCACGAUAACUAAGCAGCAAUGUGAACCUUUGAAUUUGGGUAAACACAGAAAAUCAGCCAGCCCGACUGUAUCGAGUUGUUCUGAUGAAAUGAGGAAACUAAAUAAAGAAUUUGGUGAACCUCAGGAAAAGAAAUUGCGACGCGAAUCUUCAGAAGACUUGGCAAAAAUUAGUAAAGUUUUUAAUAAGUGUAGUGAAGAACAACUUGCAAAGAAAUCUGAUAAGCAUGUUAAUAAACCCAGUGACGAAAUGACUCCAUUAAAACAAUUGCAUAUUUUAAAAUCAAAUCCGGAGCAUAAUUUACCAGAUCCAAUAUUAGUUCCUAAGAAUAAAUUAAAUAAAAUUCUCGCGGCACCCGGCACAGAAAUACCGGCUUUACUAAUACAAAGACCGGAAUUGAGACUCCCAGAAGCGUUUUCGUAUCCGGCUGUGUUACAAGAUCCUGAUAUUAUUGUCAUAUCAUUAGCGCAACUAGAAAACAUUAUAAUAAAUGAUGAAAAAAAUCUAAUAUCGAGGAAAGAAAAGGAAUCAAAACCAAGUUCGUCGUCGAAGAGUUCUACAAAUACAGAACAAGCGAGCACCCCGCAACCGGAUCAACCUAGGCCGAUACCUUCAAUGGACGCUCUCGCCGGCGAAAUCGAUGCUGCGACAUCUGCUGCUUUAAAUCAAAUGCUGUGGUUACCAUAUCUCAGUCAGUUAGAGGCGAUGGCGGCAUGUUCACAAAACAUGGAUUUCUUAAAAGCCUUAAAUUCAUCCGGUUAUACGGGACCUAAUUAUCCGGAUCUCUCACAAAUGUUUAAUCCGUCGUCACGCUUUAUGGGUCAAGGAGGAUUUCCUAUGAUGCCCCCGAUGGAUUACGAUAAUCGGCUCCAAUUCGCGAUGUGGCAAGAAGCUAUGUCACACGCGAAUGCCUCAACAUCGCAGAGACCUAAGUCGGGAUCGGUGGCAGAUCAGAUGAAAGAAUUACCAAAAUCGAGUGACGUUCAAAACCCAUAUGUACACUCGACUAAAAACCAUCAAAGCAAAACUCAUUCGUCAGCUAGAACGAGUCCGAUCGCGCACAAUUAUAACAAUCAGCGGUCGGUGGCGCACAAUCCCUUCUUACAGGGUAUGUAUCCGGGCAUGAAUUCAAAUAUCAGGCCGAAUAUGCCUUUACCGGGGUUGCAAAUACCUUACUUUAACCCUCAAAUGAUGGGGAAUCAAAGAUCACCGCGAACGCAGCAACAAAAGAGCCCUAGUUCACCAUAUUAUCCCAACAAUAACUAUCUGCAAUCGGCAAAGCAGUCGGAAUCACAAAGCCAGCAAAGGAGUUCGACAUCGCAGGAAUCUCCACGACCCAGAAUUAGUGUGAAAUCGCUACACAAUUUGCUGGAGCCAUCCGCAGCCGCUGCUUCAGGAGUGGCUUCUACGAGGCGCACGUCGACGACUCCUACAUCCGCGAUGGGUCGACGGCGAGAUGAACCUGAGGUCGGAAGCACCACUCCACUGGGAGAGCCGCCACCGCAUAUGCCGCCUCACCCGCACGACCCAUCAUCGUUCCAUUUAUGGCAUCCAUUGUUUGGCAACCAAAAAAGCUACAACAGCCCAUGGAGUUGGACGACGGUGACCGCUACGGGCGACUGACCGCGGGCGCCGCGCGGGCCACCGCCCGCGCUCUGAGCGCCGCGGGGAGCGCUGGGGAGAGGGGGAAGAGGGGAAAGGGUAGGGUCGGCGGUAUGAGAGGGGAUUAGACACGAAUUAAAAAAAAAGACAAUCAGUUGAUUUUACAAAAU